UCACCGAUGAACUUGAGGAACCCACAUGAUUUGGUAAUACUAAUGAGACAAGAAACAACAGUUAACUACCUCAAAGAACUGGAGAAACAGUUAGUUGCUCAAAAGAUUCAUAUAGAGGAAAAUGAGGACAGAGACACAGGGCUGGAACAAAGGCAUAAUAAAGAGGAUCCGGACUGCAUUAAAGCAAAGGUGCCCUUGGGGGACCUAGAUCUAUACGAUGGCACAUACAUCACCUUAGAGAGCAAAGAUAUCCGCCCUGAAGAUUAUAUAGACACAAAGUCGCCAGUGCCUCCAGACCUGCAGCAGCCAGACUGUACAAAAGUUCUAGAUCUUCCAUACAGCAUUCAUGCUUUUCAGCACUUACGGGGUGUCCAAGAAAGAGUUAAUCUUUCCGCACCCUUGUUACCUAAAGAAGAUCCAAUCUUCACAUACUUAUCACGGAGGCUGGGAAGAAGUAUAGAGGAAAUAGGUCAUCGUAUUUAUGAUGGGCUGAUGAAGAACUCGUCUUCCUGGGUACUCUAUAACAUGGCUUCCUUUUACUGGCGAAUAAAGAAUGAGCCAUACCAAGUAGUAGAAUGUGCCAUGCGUGCCCUUCAUUUUUCUUCAAGGCAAAAUAAAGAUAUUGCACUGGUAAAUUUGGCAAAUAUUCUGCAUCGAGCUCACUUCUCUGCAGAUGCAGCUAUUGUGGUCCAUGCAGCUCUGGAUUACAGUGACUUCUUUACCAGCUAUUACACUUUGGGAAAUAUAUACGCAAUGCUUGGAGAGUACAACCACUCAGUCCUGUGUUAUGAUCAUGCUCUACAGGCAAAACCAGGGUUUGAGCAAGCCGUAAAAAGGAAGCAUGCUGUCCUAUGUCAGCAAAAACUUGAGCAAAAAUUGGAAGCCCAGCAUAGAUCACUUCAGCGAACAUUAAAUGAAUUGAAGGAAUAUCAGAAGCAGCAUGACCAUUACCUUAGGCAACAAGAUGUGUUAGACAAGUACAAGCUCAUCCAGGAGGAACAAAUCUUGAGGAACAUCAUUCAUGAGACACAGAUGGCAAAAGAAGCUCAAUUAGGGAACCAUCAGAUUUGUAGACUGGGCAACCAGCAGCAUAGCUUGCACUGCCAGUGGGACCAGCCUGUUCGUUAUCACCGUGGAGACAUUUUUGAAAAUGUGGAAUAUGUUCAGUUUGGUGAAGACUCUUCAACUUCUGGUAUGACAUCUGUGAAUUUGGAUCUUCAUGCAAACCAAAGCGACCACAGCCAAUCCUUGCAGUCUUCCCCUGUUGCUCGUUCUAUCGUCUCGGUGUGGAGCGUAGAACCCAACAGAGACAAACAGCAUAUUCUUUGGCCUCAGCGAUCGGAGUGCAUGAAAUCUUUCCCCAAAAUUCCUGAUCCAGAACAACUGCCAACUUAUUUUCUGCCUCCAGAAAACAGGGGAUUCAGAGUCCAGCCAAUCCUGAGUAUCCCAAGAGAUGCUGUCGGGCAUGGAGAAACCCAGGCCCCAGACUGUUCUUCCAUUACUGAUGCUCGUAACAACGAAUCUCUAAAUAUACUGGUCAAGGAACUAGACAGUAAUCUAGAUUUGAAAUUCAAGAUGCCAGAUGAUCAAGCAAGACAAGUCUUGUAUUCUCGUAUCAACAAUCAAAUUAUUACACAGGCGAAGAUAGGAGCAUUUCUAGAUCAUGCCAUGAAAAAGCCAGAAGAUCCUCUAUGGCUUGUGCUUAAUGAAGCUGGAUUGUACUGGCGUGCAGUUGGAAAUGGCACCUUUGCUAUCACCUGUUUGCAAAAAGCAUUUAAUUUGGCUCCACAUGAGUAUCAGGACAUCCCUCUAGUCAAUCUUGCUAACCUCUUGAUUCAUUAUGGUUUUCAUUUGGAUGCCAGCAGGCUCCUGCUGCGGGAUAUGUUGCUUUUCUCUUUGCAGCCCCUGACGUUUUUGAGCCUAGGAAACGCGUAUCUGGCUCUGAACAACAUUAGUGGGGCCCUGCAAGCCUUCAGGCAUGCACUGGAUUUGACGACCAAGUGCUUGGAGUGUGAAAGCAGCCUGAAGAUGAUCCGCUGUUUGCAGUUUUAUCCUUUUCUGUACAACAUCACCUCUUCUGUGUGCAGUGACACAGUCACUGCAGAAAGUAAUGGUUCAGAAGGAAUGGAGGGUUUAGAAGAUGAACAGAUGUCUGAAGAGAUGCUGGCUUUGGUGGAUGAGUUUGAAAACUCUUGGCCUCAGGAAGCUUUUGAAGGGGCACUGGAGGUAAAAGGUCGUCGGAUGGACUUGCAGGGAAUCCGGGUCCUAAAGAAGGGAUCUCAGGAUGGACUGGCUAGCUCCUGUUUUGGGGACUGCGGUGAUGAUGAUGAGGCUGAAUGGAUCACUUUUCAGGUCAAACGUUUAAAGAAACCAAAAGCUGAAAGCUUGGAUUUCCAGGAGCCAGUUGGGAGAAACGGAGAAGAAGGGACUAAUGUAGAAAAUGAAAACUUUUACCAAACUGCCCUGGAGAUCAGUGGACCAAAGAUACCUUCUCCUGGACCAAUAGGAAAAAGGCGUGACUAUCGUAGCCUUGGCUGGCCAAGUCCUGAUGAAUGCCUGAAACUCCGUAGGGUAGAGCUUACAACUGUAGCCAGCACAUGGCUUGCUGUUUCUGCUAAAAGCAUUGACAUUACAGAACACAUUGAUUUUGCCACACAGCUGCAAGAACCAGCCAUGGAGCCCCUUUGUAACCCAAAUCUACCAGCCAGUAUGCAUACUUUGGACCACCUGCAAGGUGUCUCUAGUCGAGCCAGCUUGCAUUACACUGGGGAAAGUCAACUGAAAGAGGUGCUACAGAAUCUUGGCAAAGACCAGUACUCACCACAGUCAUUAGAACAAGUUGGUACUCGAAUAGCCAAAGCUUUGGAAAAGAAUCAGACUUCAUGGGUCCUCUCUAGCAUGGCAGCUCUUUACUGGCGAGUGAAGGGCCAAGGAAAGAAGGCAAUUGAUUGCUUACGGCAAGCAUUGCACUAUGCACCCCAUCACAUGAAGGAUGUACCACUAAUAAGCCUAGCAAACAUCUUCCACAACGCAAAACUCUGGAAUGAUGCCAUCAUUGUGGCUACCAUGGCAGUGGAAAUAGCGCCACACUUUGUGGUUAAUCAUUUCACACUGGCAAAUGUCUACGUAGCAAUGGAAGAGUUUGAAAAGGCAAUGAAAUGGUAUGAGUCAACACUAAAACUUCAGCCGGAGUUUGCCCCAGCAAAGAAUCGAAUCCGCACCAUCCAGUGUCAUUUACUUAUGAAAAAAGAGCGACGGUCUCCUUAGAGAUCAGCAUCUUUCUCUUUUUUUUAAAAAUGUCAUUACUCUCUAUUCUGCUUUUAAGUGUGCUAAGAUAAAUUGAUGAAUCAAAAUUUUUAACAAGACUUUUUAAAAGAGAUGGGAUUUGGAUUGAGGGUUCUUUUUUUUUUUUUCCUCAAAUAUAGGAGCAUCUUUGGAAAGUGUAUUUCACAGACCAUAAUUUUAAAACAUCCAUGUAAAUAUUAAACCAAGAAACUUCCAUGAGUCCAUGACCACCUGUUAUCAGGACCCAGGCACUGUUAGUUUUUCCUUAAUGCUCAGAUUGGCAUCAGCAUCCAAAAUAACUUGCUUCAUGUCUUAUAAUCUAAGGCAAUGGAAAUGCAAAGCACACACCCGUACCAAAAAGUAAGAGAUAAUCAGCAAUUCAUCCAUGUGAAACUCAUGCUUUGUCCAGCCUUGUUCACUCCAUACCACAUUACCUGCUUUUUUGGAAGGAGAGGGACAGGAUUUUAAAUGUUUAUAAAAAACAUCAAGCAUUUUUGGAAUUGUUUAUUUCCGUUGGGGGACGAGGAGGAAAUGAGGAGGAGGGAACAGCAGGACACUAAAGUCAAAAUGUUUUUUAAUCAUACUUGCAGGAAAAAAAAUAGUAAAAAUCCCAAUAAGGUGUUUUAUAUUUGUCUAUAUAUUCAUAGCCCUCUGCCUCCUUGACUGCUUGACUUACUAAUUCUUUGUUCACUGUAUUUCUAGCCAUUUCGGAAUAAGGUGCAAGUUUAUGCUCGCUCUGAGCCAUACUUUCAGCUGCCGAGGAGGAGGAGGGAGGUGGUGUCAAGGUAUCAUCAGCAAAUAAGUCAGGUGGAAGAUUUCCAAAUCAGUUCUCUCUUUGGUUGGUGGAGGACGUGAUUCUCCAGACAUCAUUGUUGAAUCAACAAGGGCACAUAUUUGAAAUAAAAUAAAUUGUUUAUGAACAAA